ACCUGACAGCCGCCUCAGCUGCUCACUGAGAGCCAGAGAUCCGCCGUGUUCGCUGCUCUGCACCGCAGCCGAGGACCGGAGCCACUUUACGGGAUUGCCUUGCGACUUUACCCCGGUCUGACCCCCCUGCGCUGCGGCUGGAUUUUACUCACCGAUCUGCAGCUCGUAAAUCAUCGUCUCGCUUUGACAUGGCCAAAAGCAAGAUGGAUAGCAUCGAGCGGAGCGGGGUGGUGGCACUCAUACUGCUGUGUCAUCUAACAAAGAUUUUUGUAACGGCAAGCCUGGAGGUGAAUGAAACCCAGCAGCAGCAUCCGACCAACGUCUACCACGACAUGGGAGUCACCAGGAACAAGAUAGUGACAGCACAGUUUGAGUGCUACCAGAAGAUAAUGAAGGACGAUCCCCAGGGAAGAGAAGAGCCCGUGUGUAACCGCACCUGGGAUGGCUGGCUGUGUUGGGACGACACCACUGCGGGGGCUAACUCGGAGCAGCACUGCCCCGACUACUUCCAGGAUUUUGAUCCUUCAGAGAUGGUGAAUAAGAUCUGCACAGACAGCGGUAUCUGGUUCCUGCACCCAGAGAGCAACCGGACAUGGACCAACUACACCCGCUGCACCGAGCACACCAACGAAGGCAGAGUGACGGCCAUGAAUCUCUUCUACUUGGCUCUCAUAGGACAUGGCCUGUCCCUGACCUCGCUCUUCGUCUCCCUGGGGAUAUUCUUCCAUUUCAAGAGUUUGAGUUGCCAAAGGAUCACGCUUCACAAAAACCUCUUCUUCUCUUUUGUUCUGAACUCUGUCAUCACCAUGAUUUGGUUGACAGGAGUGGCAAACAACCAGGAGCUGGUGCAGAGGAAUCCAACGAGCUGUAAAGUGUCCCAGUUCAUUCAUCUGUACCUGUUUGCCUGCAAUUACUUCUGGAUGCUGUGUGAGGGGAUUUACCUGCACACUCUCAUCGUGGUGGCAGUGUUCGCAGAGAAGCAGCACCUCAUGUGGUAUUAUCUCCUGGGCUGGGGUUUUCCUCUUAUUCCAGCUACCAUACAUGCCGUUGCUCGGAGUUACUACUACAACGACAACUGUUGGAUCAGCUCCAAAACAUCGCUACUCUACAUCAUCCAUGGCCCCAUCUGUGCAGCUCUCUUGGUCAAUUUGUUCUUUCUGCUCAACAUUGUGCGAGUCCUCAUCACCAAACUGAAGGUGACCCAUCAAGCGGAGUCUAGUCUCUACAUGAAAGCCGUGAGAGCCACCCUCAUCCUGGUGCCUCUGCUGGGGAUUCAGUACGUCCUGUUCCCCUACAAGCCCGAGGGACGGGUCUCCUCCGAAAUAUACGACUACAUCAUGCACAUACUAAUGCAUUACCAGGGUCUGCUGGUGGCCACCAUCUUCUGCUUUUUCAACGGAGAAGUCCAAGCAGUUCUUCGGAGGCAUUGGAACCAGUACAACAUCCAGUUUGGCAGCAGCAUAGGGAACCACUCGGAAGCGAUGCGUUCGGCCUCUUACACAGCCUCCUCCAUCACAGAGGUACAGGGCUGCUACAGCAUCGACGGCCACACAGAACACAUGAACGGCAAAGGCUUCCACGACGCCGACGCCUCCAUCUUGAAGUCAGACAGCCCCUUCGCCUGAGAAUAUUUCCGUAACUCUGCCUGCCCCACCCACAAGCCUAAAAACUGCAGCAUGUUCGGAGAGACAACCAGAGAACUCGCCUUUUCCUUUUGAUACGAAGUCAGAAGCAAUGUGUGAGGAAAAGGACACACUCUCACCCACCCGAAGGAAAUUGUCCCCUCUCAGUCACACCGCUCUUUAUCAGCAUUGUACGGUGAGCUCAAUACAACCACUCCUGCGCUUUGUGUACAAGUUGACACAGAACUGCUUCACUCGACCUAAGAUGCAUUCUGAUAAUCACAAUAACGUUGCGAUCUUUCUGCCUGACAGAAUUGUUUUAAAGUGGAUGAACAUUAACAGCUCGACCGUCCUUCGGGGAACAUGUUGUGCACAAAAAGCCUUUGGUAACACUGAAAAUUCUUAUGACAUGGUUAGUGCCAAACCAAGAAAUCUUUGCCUGCCUCGUUUUUUUUUUUUUUUUUCAAUACAGAACCAGAACGAAGAUAGGACGUCUAACAAGUGCAUAAUAAUAUAUUAAAGCUAUAUUAUAUAUUUCACAUGUUAAACUUAAUUUAUCUGAACAUGUUAUUGUUUAUUGAAUAAAUACCACACAGUAUUUAUUGAAGUUGAUAUGAUAUAUUAUUUUGGAAAUGAAUAUGACUUAUUGCUUCACGCAGACGUUCAAUGUAUUUCUUGUUCGUUUCUGUGUGCAGUUAAUGCAGAUGAUUUACCGAAUCAUAUCGUUAGCAUGCAAGCUAAUUUAAAGAGAUAUCAUCAUGCUAAUGUUUGAACGUGUUUAAGUGAUCCUUAGUGACCUGUGCAUCCUGUAAACCACAUAUUAGGUUGUUAUGUAACUUCUUAACACAAUAUUUUCACAGAGAAGCCGUCUUGAUAUCACAUGUUCACCAAUAUUCAUUACACUCGAAUGUAACAGUGAAGUUUGAAGACGUGGCUCUGAACAUAUACUGUAUGUACCACAUUCCCAUUCACUGCUGUCUUUAGCCUUACUGCUCUCAGAUUACUUAAAUAUAACCACUAAAUAAGCAUUAUGGGGUGUUCAGACUGAACAGUACUGUGUUAGAAAUGCAGGAGGCUAACGGUAAGAUAAUGAAAUACAAGUCAGGAAAGCAAUUCUAAAGGAAAGGGUUGGAUUUUCAAAGUCAAUUUUUCAACGUCAACUUACAACACAGUCUCACGGCAUUUCGUGUUAUAGUCACGAAAUUAAUCUAUUGAUUCGUGUUCACCAACACGAUUUCGCCAUUUUUUUCGUGUCACACAACGAUUUUAAAAGCAAUGUA